AUGAAGACUACCUGGACUUAUGCCGCUCUCUCGGGCCUCGUCGCUGUGGCAUCGGCUCUUCCGACGGACAACACUCAAGUGUGGAGCCAACUGCGUAAGAACAUCAAGCAUGUCAUUUACUUGACCCUUGAGAACCACUCCUUCGACAACAUUGCCGGUUACUGGGACUUCCACCCGGAUAUCGACAACCUGCGCAACAUCUCUUUCUGCAAUGAGUACACAAACUCCAACUGGACCGUCUGGGGAGAGCCCUUGGAGAUCUGCGCCGGUCCCUAUGAGAAUGAAGUGCCGUUGAAGGACCCGGAUCACAACUUUGCUGGUACCAGCUAUGAAAUCUUCCGCAAGUGGAACCCCACCAGUGAUGAUGUCCCUGAUAUGAGCGGCUUCAUUGAGCGCCAGUCGGAGAAGUACAGCGAGACUCCCGGUGAUGCCUCUUUUGUCAUCAAGGCUUAUGACGAGAAGAAGACUGCUCUUCUGGCCGAGCUGGCAAAGAACUUUGCCUUCUUUGAUUCUUAUUUCGCUGAGCACCCUGGCCCGACCGAUGUCAACCGCCAGUUUGCGACCUCCGGAUCUUCUUGCGGCUUUGUCGACAACACCAACCAGGCCUCUGGAUUCUGGAACAAUGUGACCGGAACUACCUGCGCGACCUCAAUCUUCGAGUCCUUGACCAACAAGAACAUCACCUGGAAAAACUACUACGAGACCGACAUCAUCGAUGCCUUCAUGUACAAGUGGGUUCAAGACAACGCCAUGGACCGCCUUGCUCAUGCUAGCGACUUCUUUACCGAUCUUAAGGAAGGCACCCUGCCCACUUUCUCGUACAUCAACCCAGAGUGCUGUACCAUCGACUCCAUGCACCCCACUAGCCCCAUGGCCUCUGGCGAACAGAUGCUCAAGCACCUGUACGAUGCGCUCCGUGCCUCCGACUACUGGGACAAUGCUCUGCUGAUCAUCAACUUCGAUGAGCACGGUGGCUUCGCCGAUCACGUCGCCCCGCCCAUGAACGUCCCCCAGCCCAAGGACGGUAUCACUUUCAACGGCACCUCCGAUGGCCACGUCGUUCAAUACGACUUCACCCGCCUGGGAGUCCGCGUCCCCGCUUUCCUCAUCUCGCCCUACAUCACUGCCAACACUCUUAUCCACGACCAGGGCACCAUGUACGAUGACAACUCCGCCUACACUCACAGCUCCAUUCUGCACUUCCUGCAGGAGCUUUGGGAGUUGGAGGGUCUUAACAACCGUGUCCAGUGGGCUAAGACUUUCGAGACUGUCUUCACUAACGAGCGUCGCACUGAUACCCCCAAGACCUUGACCCCUCCUGUUUGGUACGGUGGUUCGGGCGAGACCGAGCCCGAGGCCUUUUACCUCUUGAACCAGGAUUACAGCUACUAUGCUGAUAUGUAA